AUGAUCUUGGUAAUACUGUCUUGCAUUAUCGCUAAUGCUAUAGGAGCUGACUAUACUUUGCCUGGACUAUGUCCAAAAGUGAAAGCUUUUGAAAAUAUAGAUUUUAUGAAGUUUACAGGUAUUUGGUACACUGCUGCCGUCUUUGUCAGUGAUGGUCGUCUCACAUAUGAUUGCUCGAUCUUAGACUUUCAAGAGGACAACCUGGGUUAUACUUUGAGAGAAACUUUUGUGGAUAUAGACUAUGGCGAUCGUAUUCAAAAAUCUUAUUUUGCUAGGAUCGAUAGCACUAAAAAUACUGCAGUUAAAGAAGCGAGAUACAUUAUUAGCCACACAGAGAACGACAAAGUGCUGCAUUUCCCGUUUGCCAUCCUUUCAACGGACUACAAUAGCUACGCCCUUGUAUACACAUGCAGAGCUAUGAAGAAGAAGAAAGAAAAAAAUCAUUACAUAUACGCCUCUGUUCUCUCCCGGUCUAAACAAACAUUUGAUCAAAAUAAGGUCGAAAAUAUCGUAGCUGAAUUCACGGAGUUAUCGGAAAACUUGUUUAUCCUAAAGGACUUUGCUGACAAAACUUGCAGUUAUAAUGUUAAAAAACCUGUUGAAACAUUCACUGAUAAUUUUUGGUAA